CACCUUUAAGAUCUUCUGACGCAAAUCCAGACAGUUGACUGGUUCACUUGUGUACUCAACAUCACUCUGGUUCUGUCUGCUCACGCUACAGAAUGGCAGAGAAACAGGAGAGAGCACCAUCUACAGACAGCAUCAAAUCCAGCCAAUCAACUGAUGGCUCUGCCCACAAAUCAGCCCUCCGCAAGACGGCAUCUGGUGACAUGGCCAAAAAUAAGAAAGGCAAGAAGUCAAAUGAGGACGCCAUGAACAAAGUGUACACUAACCUGCUCCACAGCGUCUUUGGACAGGAGAGAGAGUUAUCACAACCAGAGCUGGAUGAGCUUUCUGAUGCAUUUAAGGAGUUUGAUUAUGAUCAGGACGGAUAUCUGAAUUAUAAAGAUCUGGCCGAGUGUAUGAGGACGAUGGGAUACAUGCCAACAGAGAUGGAGCUACUGGAGAUUAUUCAACAGAUUAAAAUGAGACUCGGGGGUCUGAUGGAUUUCGACGAUUUCUGUGAGUUAAUGGGACCUCGGAUGAUGGUGGAGACAGCUGAUAUGCUGGGACUCAAAGAACUCAAAUGUUCCUUCAGUCAGUUUGACACAGAUGGAGAUGGAAAGAUCUCUCUAGAUGAGAUGAAGGAGGCCGUGAAGACUCUGUUAGGAGAGAAACUCAAGAAGGGAGAACUAGAGGAAAUUCUGAAGGAGCUGGACCUCAACGGUGACGGAACGGUGGACUUUGAUGAGUUUGUGAUGAUGCUGUCGAUUCGGUAACCACCGUCAUCUCUCAUCCAAUGAGAUGUUAGAUAGGUGCUGGUGCAGGUGCAGGUGCAGAUGUGAUGUCAUAACAAACACUCUAUUCUCAUUGGUUCCUGAACAAAUUCUUCCAGAAAAGAUCUGCAAACUUAUUUAGAUGUUUUCUGAAUGAUUGGUUAAAGUUAGAAACAAAUGUAUGCCAGUGUAUUUGAAUAUAUAGACAGUUCUCACUUUAACAUACUGUAUAUGACUCUGAAUGUGAUGUAUGUAUAUGUAUAGAAAUAUAACAUUAUUUUCAUAAACAUCAGUAGGCCUUUGAACAAGUGUACAUAAUGCAAGAAUUUUUUUAGUUUUGUUAAUAAACACAUAAAGUAAAAAAAAAUAAAAUGUG